GGAAGUGCGGGGAGCGGGCCGGCGCCUGGCGGGUGAGGGCGGAAGUGCUCGGCGCAGGGCGGAAGCAGAGACGUUGGCGGCGUGAGGCUCAGGAGUAUACAUCAGAGGAAGCCAAAAGCCAGCUGGAAGAGUUCCUGAAUACAGUUUUAAUCUUGUUUGCAAUUAUUUCAAAGGGGAGAAAUCAUCUGGAUCAGGGGGAGUUCCAUCUUGGAUACUUAGACAGUUGCAAGAUGAGUGCCCUAGUGUCACCUUCCCCAUUUUCCAACUUGGUUCCUUCUGACACCAGCACUUCCCAGUUAUGAUUGAGAAGUAAGAAAAGAGAGUCUGCAAUGAACAAGUACCUUUAAACUUCUGCCUGGACCUGAUUAAGUAAAUGUCAGAAAUUAAGGAAUUUCAGCGUACUAUCUGCCUGAAAGAGAAUUAAGAUGCUCUGGUUUCAAGGAAAUAGCAUGCAACUUGCCAGAUCCGCCUUUGGACUCUUCUUGAGAAAUUGCUCUGCCUCUAAGACAACUCUGCCUGUGCUGACCUUAUUCACAAAGGACCCAUGCCCCCUUUGUGAUGAAGCCAAGGAAGUACUCAAGCCGUAUAAAAACAGGUUCAUUUUACAGGAGGUAAACAUCACACUUCCAGAAAACUCUGUCUGGUAUGAAAGAUAUAAAUUUGACAUUCCUGUCUUUCACUUGAAUGGCCAGUUUCUGAUGAUGCAUCGAGUAAAUACCUCAAAACUUGAAAAACAGCUCCUGAAACUUGAGCAGCAAAGUACCAGAGGCUGACUUAUGUCCUCAUGAUUUUCCACCCUCUCCUCCCAUAAAGCAUCUUCCUAAGAAAAUGACCAUGGCCUGAUACUCAUUUUGUCACUUGUACAGAACCCUAAGGAUGUUCUGAAUUCAGUGGUGCCAAAUAAAUGUUGACAUUCCUCUUUUGGUUGAAGGAAGUAUCAGUGUGGGAACUAUUUGCUUAAUGGCAUUUUAUGAAAUAAGAAGAGCAUACUGGCAGGGAGGGAGACGAUGGAGGGAGAGAGAAGUCCAUUUGUCUUAUUUAUCCUUUUUGUAUUAAUAGAGAAGCACUUCACAUUCACUGGGCAAUGCCAUUUAUAGGAAGAAGGUUCUGCAUUCCUGCUGCUGCCCCGGAGGGCUUAACUUUUUAAUGAAAGAAUAAAUGCUCUUCCACUCAGUAGAUAAAGUGAAAUGUGAAUUGUUAAUAACUGUGCACAGUCAAUAAAGGGAUGUUUUAAGGAAUACAUCUGCAUGAAGCCUAUUCAGUGGGAUUUAAUAAUACCUGUUUAAAAUUAGAGUUCAUUUUUGUUGAGUAGAAGAGAAUUAUUAUCCUAGCCAAAAAGGCGUCAUUUGAGAAAAACAAAAGAAAGACUUAAACCCCUAAAAUUUAUAUAAAAAUCUCAACAUUCUCUACACAGUCAUUGAAUUGAUUUGUAAUAUUUGAGGACUGCCUUUCAUAGUUAUUCAGUUACUAUCCAUUGAGUUAAUUUAACUUAUUUUAAGACAGUAGGUUUUUUAAAAUCAGAUUUUAAUAUCUUGGAAAAAAUCACUCCUAAAUAUGUCAUCUAAAGAUAAAAUACUCUUUGCCAUUCUAUGUAAAGAGUAGAAAUGUAUUUGCAUACCCUUGUUUAUAUUUAGUCAGAUUAAGCCAGUGUAGAAAUGGAUUCACUUGAAAACAAAACUGCCUUUCCUCUUAAAAUCUUACCACUGCAAUUCCAUGUGUAAUGAAAUUAUUUUUUAAACUAUUUGAAUGAAUUUGGAUACUGUGAGUCUGUGAGUCACUAGAUUUUAAUUUGAUCAGGAUGAUUCAGUCUUAGUAUAGAAUAUUAGAGCUAGCUGACCUUACACAUUGUCUAGUCCCACUCUCCCAUUGUAUAUAUGAGGAGGAAUCUGAAUUCAGAGAAUAUCAGAGACUUAACCCAAGGUCACACAGCCAGUCAGUUGGCAGUCCAGGUCCUGCCCCACAGCCCUAGAUUUCCAGUACUCUCUGGACUCAUUGCAGGGGGCUCCUGUUAUCUCACGUACAGUAUCCCCAACCAUUCUGGAUUCAACACAAAUCUGGAAGCAACUGAAAAAGCCUUUUAAGCUGAGUACAGUGGUACAUACUUGUAGUCCCAGCUACUUGAGAGGCUGAGGCAGAAGAGCCCAGAAGUUUGAGUCCAACCUGGGCAACAUGGUGAAACCAUGUCU